AACGGGGCCUUAUCCACGUCACUGGUUAGCUCGGCUCGCUUUGGCCUCUGUGGAGAAAACCCCAGCACCCAGUUGGGUUCCAUGUCAAUGGGACUCUCCGAUUGAGUCCACCGGUUUCACCCAUCAGUUUCUUCCUCUGCCUUCCGUUCCAGAUACUUGUGAAUCAAGCCGACGCCAUCGCGUCGGCAUUUUUGGAGGACCGUCGCCGGAAAAAGACCCGGCCGUGGAAGCCACUUCUUUUCCUUGAUGGUUAACAUGAUCAUAAAAGGAUUGUUCCGGAAAUAUGAAAAAUGGAACCCUGUGCAUCCAACAUCAGGAACAUUUUGGGGCAUGGGAAUAGGAGUCGGGUGUGGAGUUGGUUGGGGUCCAGGGUUUGGUCCUGAAGUCAUUGGUUAUGUUGGAGCAGGUUGUGGCUUUGGCUUUAGUGUUGGCAUCACCCUAGCUGGGGUUGGAAUUGGACUUCCUGCCAACGGCCUUAUCCAAGCCCCUUAUAAUGCAUUUUCUGUAACAGGUAACAGUACACUGAAGUUCGCCAGAUCCAACGUGAUUCCUGCUAUGAAAAAUGCAGCAGAAAAUUGGUGGACCCAAAUUUGUCACAUCCACGAUUUCCAUGCUGAAGCCACUGGUAGGCUAUCUGCAGACAAGGUCAGGCAUAUGCUGCUCCCUAGUGGUGUCAACCUUGUUGAGUUGAAGAGGAACCUAUCACUGGCUUCUGAAUUUUUGAAUCGACCGAGAAACACGUACUUAUCUUUUGGCAAAGGGGGUGCACAGGUACGACAGGUAUUAGGUCUGGAUCUAGUAUUACGUUUUAGAUUUGGAUGCCUUGAUCAUGUUUGAUUGUGCGACGCCGCAUUAAGGGGGAGGUUGAAUUCCUGCAAUUGGUGGCCCUAUAUCCACACACGAGCUCUGGAUGCAAAUGUGCACAAAGAAACCUCCAUCAAGCAUAGUCACAAAAGACAAGUGUUUAAAAAAAAAGGGAAAAGAAAAAAUGCCUUAAAGCAAAAAAUAAGUCAAGCGAAUAAAGCGACAGAGAAACUUUUUUUUAAUGCCAAACUGCUUGUUUCUACUAAUUUUUAUUUGUUAUCUACUUAUUUUCUUGAUGUUGUCUUAUUAUUUCUUGAGAAAAAUCUCAUCGUUUAAAACAUGAAAACAAUAUUUGUGACCAUCCACAAACUUGAUGGAGUGGAAAUCUAAAGGCAUAUUCCCAUGACA